AUGGGAAUUAAGUCGUGAGAGAAGAAAUAAAUUUAGAGGUGAACUCCAGAAAUAGGUGUUGUGAGCAUCUAUGAAGUUUAUACCUAGUAAAUGUUUGCUGACAUUGCGAUGAUGUUUUGCUUUGGUAUUUGCCAACCGCCAACUGUCAUUAGUCCAGGGUUUUUUUCUGCAGUGUUAUAUCCUCUCUCUCUCUCUCUCUCUCUCUCUCUCUCCCCGUGUGGGUGGAUGGUCGUGGUCACGAUCUCCGCAGGAGGUACGAAUAUGCUUCUGCAGAAUCCAUCAGCUAACACGACAAGUUAUGUGCCAUUACCAUAUCGCCAGAUGUUCCGUUCGUUUUCCUGCUUUCCAGUACCUUGUUGAGCCCUGCUGCCAUGGAAAUGAGCAUGGUGAUCCAAGCUGUCAAUGCCGAUAAACACGAAGUCCUCGAAAACCCCUCACAGAGAGCAAGUAGCAAAGAACCUAUGUGUUCCUUUGGUAUGGAAGGAGAAAGCAAGACAGCCCGAGGAAGCUUUUAGCAUCCAAACAUCACCUAUCUUGGAUCCACCCGUACCUCCAGUCAAUUUUCAGAUAUCAAUUCCUUUUGAAUGGGAAGAAAAACCAGGAAAACCGAGAUCUUUCUCACCACCAAGGCUGGAUUCCGUUCUGUCUUGCAGCCCUAUCACUUCUAUAAGAGAAGCAUCAGGGGAAAGAUGUGAUGAAGAUUGGGAAGAGGAGGAUGGUGGUGAAAGAGAUGAUGAGGACGACCUGUUCGAACUGGAUCUGGAGGCUUUCGCUUUCGACGAGAAUGAUCUCCCCCUAAGGACCUUCUCUGGGUCCACUACGGCCUUCCUGGCUAACUGUAUGUCAACCCUGUCCGGGAUAUCUAACGCGACCCCCACAGACCUUCUGCCAUCAGAAACGGAUGAAGAGGCAAGCAGCAGCGAAGGCGAUAGUUCUUACAUAGAAUUCAUUUUCCCCCUUGCUUCUCCUCACCCUGGUUUUCUGCAAGAGGCCUUUACUGCUGAGAAUCGCCUCUCUGAUGUCUCCGGACAUGGAUCCCGAAGGCACAGCUGCUGCAGGGUCACCUGCGUACACGUGAAUAGGAUGCCCCCCACUCUUGGGCAUUUGAAGUUCACGAGCUGCAGGAGAAGAAAACCCAAAAUAAAGUCUACUAACGUUGAGCGCAGGGACCACGCUUCUGCCCUGGUGAAAAGGAAGCGUCCAAUCGUUCGAGUUUUGAUGUUUGUGAGUCGGAGGGUGGGAAGGUCCAAAAGGAAGGCGACUGCCAAUCACAGAAACAGCCACGUUCCAUCGCCGAGAAAGCACAAAGCGGUAUGCUGCCCGUUCAGGACUGGUGGAUCUGGAAGCAGGGAAAAGAAACAAGACAAAACAUCCUUAGGUUGAACGGAGAAGGCAAGCGGAACGCCCUUCCUAUCAAAAUUGUAUAUGAAUACAUUUAACCAUUUCAUGUCGUUUCAAAUGUUUUUUCUU